ACAUAGAACUCCUCGUCCCUUCUCAGAUAUAAAUCUAAGCUGAGAGUGAGGAGCAGACAGAGGAGGAGGCAGGGUGGGUGUGCUUCCUAAUGAUCUGGAGGGGGAGGAGAAGCAGAGUGGAUGGUUUGACUAAAAUUACCAGAGAAGCAUCAGUUCAGUUCAGGGAAAGGCUUCAGCAAGAACUGUGGGGAGACUGCAGCUGGAACAAGGAGGUGUAUAUCAGAGUGCCUAAGGAUCAUGAAGAGGCUUUUCUUCGCUUUAUUUACAGUGGUUUACUUGACCUCUGUGCAAUCUCAAAUAACUCAAAAAUAUCUGGAGGAACUUGGGUCAGAUAUUGGAAUCCAGGUGUUUAACCAGGUGGUGAAGACCAAGCCUCAAGACAAUGUGGUCAUUUCUCCCCACGGAGUUGCUUCUGUGCUGGGCAUGCUUCAGCUGGGAGCAGAUGGCAAGACAAAAAAGCAGCUGACAACGGCAAUGCGGUAUAAAGUGAAUGCCGUUGGUAAAAUACUCAAGAAGAACAAAAAGGCGAUAGUCGCAAAAAAGAAUAAAGAUAUUGUCACGACGGCCAAUGCUGUGUUUGCCAACAGCGGAUUCAAGAUGGAGGAAGCCUUUGUUAACAAGAAUAAAGAAAUCUUUCACAGCCAAGUAAGAAGUGUAGAUUUCCAGGAUGCAAACGCUGCCGCCUAUAUGAUUAAUCAGUGGAUAAAGAAUGAAACAAAGGGCAUGAUCGAGAACCUUCUCUCGCCUGAGUUGUUGGACGGCUCAAUGACUCGAAUGGUCGUAGUAAAUGCACUGUAUUUCAAGGGUCUUUGGAAAUCUCGUUUCCAGCCAGAAAAUACAAAAAAGCGCACUUUUCAUGGUCCAGAUGGCAAGACCUAUCAAGUCCCAAUGCUGGCCCAACUUUCUUUGUUCAGGAGUGGUUCUGCAAGUACACCCAGUGGUCUGUGGUACAAUGUAAUAGAGCUGCCCUACCACGGAGGAAGUGUCAGUAUGUUGGUGGCAGUACCCACGGAUGAAAGCACCCCCCUGUCUGCAAUCAUUCCACACAUUAGUACAAAAACCCUGCAAAGCUGGAUGACUAUGGCACCCAAGAGAGUCCAGCUCAUUUUACCCAAGUUCACAGUGGAGGCUGAAGCGAAUCUGAAGGAACCUCUUAGAAACCUUGGCAUUACGGAUAUGUUUGACUCUUAUAAGGCUAACUUCACAAAACUAACCAGAUCAGAACAAGUUCAUGUUUCUCAUAUGCUGCAAAAAUCAAAAAUAGAAGUGAAAGAGGAUGGUACGAAGGCAUCCGCAGCAACCGCUGCAAUUUUGAUAGCAAGGUCUUCUCCUCCCUGGUUUAUAGUGGACAGACCAUUUUUGUUUUUCAUCAGGCAUAACCCAACAGGUGCGGUGCUGUUCACAGGGCAAAUAAACAAGCCUUGAGGAUGAACAGUGGCAAGCAUGACUCUUGUGUCCCAUGUUGAUCCCAGUGUUUAGAUAUUUGUACAUUGCUUUAGGUUAUUUUUGUGAAAUAUUUUACAAGGGAGGCUUCACUGUGCUUUUUAACUUUGUUUUUUUUUAAUGAACUUUUUGUGUGUGUUUUUUUUUUGAUAACUCAAAUGUUUUUGUUUUUUUAACUACUGAAAGUUGAUGUGUUUCUAAAGACAUUCACAUUUUUAUAUAUAUAAUUAUUUUCUUUGUGUGUGCGUAUGUUUACUUACUUUUAAAUUACUUCCAGAGUCUUAGCCUCCAGUUGUGCUGUCUAACGUACACCAGUGCUUCAUGACAGAUUUCACAGUACAGUGUUUGUGGCCAUAUGUCUGUGUUAUAAAUAAGGCCUCCUCCAGCCUUGAAAGGCAAUAUUUUGGUACCACAUUAUAUAUGAAGAUUCAUAUCUUAAUAUAUUUUCAUUUGUUUGUAUGAGGUAUUUCAGUAUAUUCCAUUUACUUUUCUCAGAAACUGAGAUUAGACUGCGUACUGUUUUUAUAUUGUUUCUAACAAAUGAUGCAUGUGUUCUUUCAAAUAAAACACUCCAGACAGCACCUCUGGCUUGAGGUGUAUUAAAAAGUUAUUGUGAAA